AAUCUACACUUUCAAGAAUGACUAUCGCCAUCGAUGCUUCACUCUCUGUUGGAAUCAGAAAAUUUAAGAACUUCAAAAGAUCUGCUGGUGGCGUCCAAAAAUUCAGUGGGUCUGCAAGAAAAUCAACUAAUAAGCAAUCAACGAAUGCAGCAGUCAGAAUUAUUGAAAACCGUGUCGCAUCCACGAACUUCAACAAGAAAUCAGUCUCAAAAGCUACAAGAAAUAUUUCAAGCCGAGUCACAUUCCCGAAUGCUUCAAGAGCUCCAAAAGAUCCAAGAAGAUCGGAUAAAGCUCAAAGAGCACCGAAAAAUUACAGAACAGGAGCUCAAAAGCAGGUGAAGCCAAAAAGAGAAGCUCGUUCAGAGAUGACGAUCCAGGAAUUGGAUGCGGAGCUCGAUAUCUACAUGGCAAAAGCCUAACAUUCAUGUUUGUGUUAAUAAUUUAUGCAAUUGUACCUAAUAAAAAUUAAAGUCA